AUGUUUGCCAUUGCCGUAGAACCUGAAAUCAUCAAUCACCUAACUGCCGAGGACGGAGGCUUACUGGACCUCCUAAGUGCGCUCAAAGAGGCCACUCCUUGGGCAAGAAGCCUCGGAGAGUCGGUAUUCUUCCAGUUCUGUGAGUGCCUAGUUAAGGCACGAAAAGAAUGGCAAGGGAAUCCACGCCUUCCAUUCGAUCCCAGCCAACACAGCCAAACCGCACGCAGCAUCGACAACUUUCUCAGAGAGAUCGGUGACCGGUGGAAUGAUGUGGAGUUUGAGAUUUACGAGCUGGUGGGAGGAUGGGAAGAAGAUGACGAGAAUAAUGAGAAUGAUUCUGGACCUUCUACCUCCAACAACGGUCUAACAAGCGGCGUGGAUAUCAAUAUGGGUGAUCUAACUACCGCGCUGGAGGAUGACAUUGAGGAAGAUAAUAUUAGAGAAGGGGUCAGGCGAAUGGAUAUUAAUGAUGAGAUGUAA